AUGUCAAGAGAUCGUUUUACUUUUAUUAUGUCAAAUCUCCACUGCUGUGAUAAUACAGUUCUUGGUGAUUCUCCUGACAAAUUCGCUAAGUUGAGACCUCUGUUUGACGAGUUAAAUAAAAUCUUUACUGAAAUGGCUCCGCUAGAAGAGAACUACAGCAUAGAUGAGGCUAUGGUUCCAUACUAUGGACGUCACAGUUGCAAACAGUUUAUACGUGGCAAACCAAUUCGUUGGGGGUAUAAACUGUGGGUUGGUGCUACAAGAUUAGGCUACGUGAUUUGGUUUGAUCCUUACCAGGGAAAAUCUUCAACCAUUGCAGAAGGUUACAAACAGUUUGGUCUAGGUGGGAGUGUGAUUUUGGAGUUUGCUGAUGUUCUACAAGGUCGUGAUCCAACAUUGCCAUUUCAUUUAUUCUUCGACAAUUAUUUUUCCUCUAUUCCUCUACUGCAUGAACUUAGUAAUAGAGGUCUAAGAGCCACUGGAACUAUUCGUGAAAACAGAACGUCCAAGUGUCCUCUCGAAUCUAACAAAGAUUUCAAAAAUACUGAUAGAGGUUCAUUUGUAUUCAAAUCCAGUUUGCCUACCAAUAUUUUGGUUUGCAAGUGGAAUGACAAUAGUGUCGUUACUGUUGCAUCGAAUACUGAAAUUGUGGAGCCCCUGCAAAAAGUCAAGAGAUUUUCGCAAGAACUAAAAAGAUUUGUACAUAUUGACCAACCGUCGGUUAUAAGAAAAUACAAUGAAAAUAUGGGAGGGGUCGAUAGAUCCGAUCAAAACAUAGGGUUGUAUCGGACUUCUAUUCGUGGCAAGAAAUGGUAUUUUUCACUGUUUUGUCACACCUUAGAUAUGGCUGUGCAUAAUGCAUGGCAACUUUACAAGCGAGAUGGUGGAGAACAUGAUCAUCUCACUUUUCGUAGACUACUGGCGAAAGGUUUGCUCGAAAGCUACAAAAAAAGCGAUAAGAGGGGACCAUGUCCCACAGGUAGAUCUCAUCUUGAAUCAUCUCGAUAUGAUGGGGUUGAUCACUUGGUCCAGUACAGCGCUCCCCAACUAAGAUGCAAAGUUUGCAAAGUUAAAAGUUUUUUUAUUUGCCAAAAGUGUAAGAUUCAUUUACAUCCUAAGAUCUGUUUCCUUGAAUAUCACACUAAAACUCAGUAA